CACGAAGAAGAAACCCAUUUGCUUAAACCCCAAAAAUUAAACUCUCUCAAUCACCAAAAUGAGAGGAGGAAUCGGCAGAAAGCUCGCGAACCCAUCAAGCUUCUCCAUUUCCAGACAAACCCUACUCCCGUUUUCCACUUCCUCCAACAGCGGCGGCGGUGGCGGCGGCCGAGGUCGCGGCCGCGGCGGCCCAACUCCCACCGCUCCUUCUCUCUUCAACUACCUCGCCGACCAGUUCCCGCCUCAACCCGACUCCGAAUCCGACCCGCCCGCACCUCUCCCCGCUGCCGGCCACGGUCGCGGCAAACCCUUAUCCCAACCUCCGCCUUCCUCCGCCUCGGGGAUCAGACCCGGUUCGUCCGCCGGUCGGGGAGGCUCGGGUCACGUGCAGCCCCCGGCCGAGUCACGUGAGGGAGGUGAUUCGGGUUUACCCAAGAAGCCUGUUUUCUUCAGACGGGAAGAUGCGGAGGAGAAUCUACCGGCGGGUUUGAUGACGGCGUUGGGCAGAACCGGGCGGGGGAGGCCCAUUUCGGGCCCGGCGGCCCAAAGUGUGGAGGAGAAUCGGCAGAUUGGGGCUCCGGUGGAGCCCAAGAGGGAGCCCCGGAAGCCGAAAUUGACCCGGGAGGAGGCGGUGAAGCAAGCAAUGGGGAUAUUGCAGCAGGGAGGCGGUGAGGGAGCGGAGGUUGAUGGUGGUGGUGGUGGCGGAAGAGGGAGAGGAGGAGAGAGAGGGAUGAGAGGGAGAGGAGGAGAAAGAGGGAGAGGGAGAGGAGGGAGGGGAAGGAGAGAAGGAGAAGGAGAUAGGAGAAGGCAAGGGGAUGGGGAUGGCGGCAUUGCGCCGGGGCUUUAUCUUGGGGACAAUGCCGAUGGGGAGAAGCUGGCUAAGAGGCUUGGCCCCGAAGUUAUGAAUCAGUUGACUGAAGCAUUUGAGGAUAUGAGUAAUCAAGUGCUUCCGUCGCCUUUGGAUGAUGCUUAUGUCGACGCAUUGGAUACCAAUUGUAUGAUUGAGUUUGAGCCGGAGUAUCUUAUGGGGGAGUUUAAUCAAAACCCAGAUAUUGAUGAAAAACCGCCUAUUCCUCUCAGGGAUGCACUUGAGAAGAUGAAGCCUUUCUUGAUGGCAUAUGAGGGUAUUCAAAGUCAAGAGGAGUGGGAGGAAGCCAUGAAGGAGACAAUGGAAAGAGUUCCAUUGUUGAAGGAAAUUGUCGAUCAGUACAGCGGACCAGAUAGGGUAACUGCAAAGAAACAACAAGAAGAGUUAGAAAGAGUUGCAAAGACUCUUCCUGCAAAAGUACCUGAUUCUGUAAAGCAGUUCACUGAUCGCGUGGUGCUUUCUCUCCAGGGCAACCCUGGCUGGGGAUUUCACAGGAAAUGCCAGUUCAUGGAUAAGUUAACGGAAAAGGUUUCCAAGCACUACAAGUGACCGUGGAAUGGUCAGUUCCUAAUACUUAAUGAUGAACAUGGUCACUGUUGAAGCUCAUAAUGCAGAAAAGAAGUGGUCAAUGAUGCUGUAAACUUUUCACUUCAAGUUAUUUUGCCCAAAAUUUUUGUACUUGUACCAUUUUUUAGUUGUUACAAAAGAAUAGCUCAGUUCUCUUAAAUUGUUCUCAGCUACGAUCAAAGAAGAAUCGCGGCAUUUGUUUGUAAUAAUUUGCUAUCUAUGCAGCAUAGCACUAGUGAAAUCAUUUUCAGGCAACGUGGCAUUGCUUUUGAUUGAAUGCCAUCAGUAACUGCCCUGAAUGAGCUGAUUAUGUCAAUUGUGUUGUAUCACAAUGAUAAUUUGCAUUUUCACUGUU